AUUUUCAGGGAGGAAGAGAAAGAGAAAUUGACGUAUCAGAAAGGGGCCGUUACGUCUGUCAACGACUCCGGCAGAGAAUAGGGCGGAGCAGUUGCUGCAGGUACCGAGCUGUGCUGCUGCGCUUCCGCAUUGGAAGGGGUCUGGAGAAUGAGCUAGCGGGGACCGUGUCCAGCACACAGUCAUGUCCCAGCCUCCCCCUUCACCGUCGCAGAUGCAGCCGCAAAGGAGGAGAGAUCGGCGCAUCUUGUCUGGGACCUGCCCAGACGCUAAGUGCCGGGCCCGGUUGUUUUUCCCUGCCCAGGGCUCGGCUAGCAUAGAGUGUACGGACUGCGGCCAAAGGCAUGAGCAGAGGCAGCUGCUGGAGGUCGAGGAAGUGACCGAACCGGACGUGGUGCUGCAUAACCUGCUGCGGAACGCACUGCUCGGUGUGGCAGCUCCGCCCCGGAGGAGCACGGACAUGGCUAAAGUCAUGGGGCUCUCCAACUAUCACUGCAAGCUUCUCUCCCCCAUCCUGGCCCGCUAUGGCAUGGAUAAGCAAACGGGCAAGGCCAAACUACUGAGAGACAUGAACCAGGGGGACGUGUUUGACUGUUCCCUGCUAGGGGACCGGGCCUUUCUUAUCGAACCCGAGCAUGUGGAUACCGUCGGGUAUGGGAAGGACCGCUCAGGCAGCCUCAUCUACCUCCAUGAUACUCUAGAGGACAUUAAAAAGUCUAACCUUAACCAAGAGUGCAUCAUUCCUGUGCAUGUGGAUGGGGAUGGUCACUGCCUUGUCCAUGCUGUGUCCAGGGCGCUGGUUGGCCGGGAGCUUUUUUGGCAUGCUCUGAGAGAGAACCUGAAGAAACACCUGAAGGAAAAUCUGGACAGGUACAAAGCCCUUUUCCAUGACUUCAUUGAUGCGGCUGAAUGGGAAGAUAUUAUCAACGAGUGUGACCCUUUGUUUGUGCCUCCAGAAGGAGUUCCACUAGGACUGAGAAAUAUUCACAUUUUUGGCCUGGCCAAUGUUCUUCACCGUCCCGUUAUCCUUCUUGACUCCCUUAGUGGGAUGAGGAGUUCUGGAGAUUAUUCAGCCACUUUUCUUCCAGGGUUAAUACCAGUGGAGAUUUGUAAGGGUAAAGAUGGACAAUUAAAUAAGCCAAUUUGCAUUGCAUGGAGUAGUUCUGGGCGCAACCAUUAUAUCCCUUUGGUUGGUAUCAAGGGCGGCUCUUUACCAAAGUUGCCUUCAAGACUGCUUCCUAAGGCAUGGGGUGUUCCCCAAGAUUUGAUAAGGAAAUAUAUAAAAUUAGAGGAGGAUGGCAGCUGUGUGAUUGGAGGUGACAGGAGUUUGCAGGACAAAUAUUUGCUGAGGUUGGUUGCUGCAAUGGAGGAAGUAUUCAUGAACAAGCAUGGAAUCCAUCCCAGUUUAGUAUCAGAUGUUCAUCAUUAUUUUUAUAGAAGAACUGGGGUCAUUGGGGUUCAGCCUGAAGAAGUGAUUGCUGCUGCAAAGAAGGCAGUAUUGGAAAACCGCCUCCAUAAAUGUCUCAUUUGCGGGGCACUGUCAGAACUUCUGGUUCCUCCAGAGUGGUUAGCCCCAGGAGGGAAGUUGUAUAACUUGGCAAAAACAACCCACGGUCAACUAAAACCAGAUAAAAAUUAUAGUUUUCCUCUUAACAAUAUUGUUUGCUCUUAUGAUGCUGCAAAUGACAUUUUGGUACCUGACUAUAAUUUAAGUAAUCUGACCAGUUGCAAUUGGUGCCGUGGUACCUCAGUACGGCGAGUAAGAAAUGAUUCCUCCAUUGUCUAUCUGGAUGGGGACAGAACUAAUACAAAAUCCUUUGGAGGUAAAUGUGGUUGUGGCUUCAAACACUACUGGGAUGGCAAGGAAUACGAUAAUUUGCCAGAAGCCUUUCCUAUUACACUCGAGUGGGGAGGAAGGGUUGUAAGGGAAACAGUAUACUGGUUUCAGUAUGAAAGUGAUGUGACUUUAAAUAGCAAUGUAUAUGAUGUUGCUAUGAAAUUAGUUACUAAGCACUUCCCUGGGGAAUUUGGCAGUGAAAUACUGGUACAAAAAGUUGUAAAUACAAUAUUGCAUCAGACUGCCAAAAAGAAUCCCAAUGAUUAUACACCAGUAGCUAUAGAUGGCGCCCAUGUCCAAAGAAUGGAGGACGUUAAACACGAACAAGAGCCUGAGUCGCAUUUGCCGACAAAAAUAAUUCUUACUGGUCAGAAAGCUAAGACUUUGCAUAAAGAGGAGUUAAACAUGAGCAAAACUGAAAGGAAACUGCAGCAAAGCAUUACAGAACAAGCAGCUGUAAUGCAGAAACGGAAAACAGAAAAAAUCAAGCAAGAACAGAUAGGACCAACACGGUCUUCAUCCCCUGGAGCUGCCAGAGAGAGCCCACCAUCAGGCCCAUCAACACCAACAAAAACUCCCUACUCUCCAACCGCUUCUAAAGAAAAGAAAAUACGAAUUACAACCAAUGAUGGGAGGCAGGCAAUGCUUACCUUAAAAUCCUCUACCACAUUCUCAGAACUGCAAGAAGGGAUUGCUAAAGAAUUGGCUAUUCCUCCACAUUUACAAAGCAUCCGCUAUGGAUUUCCUCCAAAAGAGCUGGUUCCACCAAAGGAGGGCCUGGAAAAUGAGCCAGUCCCAUUACAGCAUGGUGACAGAGUGACAGUAGAAAUUUUAAAGGGUAAAGAAAAACCACAGCCCAACAUGUCCCAUUCGGUCCAUGAAGUAACAGAGGAUGAUGCUGCAAUGUCUAGUAACUCUGUUUCAAAGGAGCUUCAAGAGCAGAUUGACAAGGAGAUGUACUCAUUAUGUUUGCUGGCAACUCUCAUGGGGGAAGAUGUUUGGUCCUAUGCUAAGGGACUUCCUCAUUUGUUCCAGCAAGGAGGUGUCUUUUACAAUAUCAUGAAGAAAAAUAUGGGAAUGGCAGAUGGGAAGCAUUGCACAUUUCCUCAUCUUCCUGGGAAAACCUUUGUCUACAAUGCUGCUGAAGACCGGCUAGAACUUUGCGUUGAUGCUGCAGGCCAUUUUCCUAUAGGUCCUGAGGUUGAAGAUUUGGUGAAAGAGGCUUUGAAUCAACUGCGUUCUGAAGCAGCUUCAAAAAGUAGAGAGUCUAGUCCUUCACAUGGAUUGAUAAAGCUGGGCAGCAGUGGGGUGAUAAAGAAGAAGUCUGAGCAGCAACACAAUGUGACAGCAUUUCAAGGGAAAGGGCACUCCCUAGGAACAGCUUCUAGUAGCCCUGAGCUUAAGCAGAAACCAAGGGAUGUAACAAAGCAUGGUACAACUACAGAUUUCAAUAGCACUUUGACAUAUUCAGAACCUUCACCCUUUCAGUCCACUACCAGUGACAAUGAGCCGAUCAGAGUAGCUCCAGGUGUAAUAACCAUGAGAGAUAGCAGGCAACUUGACCCCAAUUUAAUUGAGGCCCAGCGGAAAAAGUUGCAAGAAAUGGUUUCUUCUAUUCAGGCUUCAAUGGAUAAGCACUUACGGGAUCAGAACGAUGAGCAAUUGGUGGUAACUGAUGCAUCUCCAAAGAAGGGAGAAUGGAAUUCUGCAAAGUCGGGAAGCAGUCAAGAGCAGGUGAUGGGAAGUGUUAUAGUGAACACAGAAGCAACUGUGGCUUCUGAAGCAAGAAGUAUCAGUGUACAAAGCUCUGUGGAAGCAAAAUUGUCUGGGAGGCUUAAAAUUCAACCCGGGGUAUCUACAGAUGAUCCAGAAGAGAUGGACAGCCAGGAUACAGAAAUGAUCAAUGUGGCUGAGCCUAUGGAUCAUUCAUGAUAAAAAUUAAGGUUAAGUGUAAUAGAAACAUGCAUAAGUACAUAUUAAUAUGUAAAUUUAUGGCUGGGCCACUCUGUGAAAUACUCCUUUCCAACAUUCUUAUAUGGUUAAAAGAAUAUUAAACUCCUCAUUGCUGCAUGAAAACAUGUUUGUUUGGAAAAAGCUUCCAGAGUUAUACUAGCUUUGACAUGGACUCAAGGGAAUAUCUGUAGAUGUCUUAAGAAUCUUUAUGUUCAUGCAUUAAGCAAAAAUUCUGCCUCCUUGUGCUGAAGGAUAUGUCAGUAAGGGGGCGUUAGUAGCUUUUUUUCAGUAAAAGGGCAAGUAAAGCCCAAAUUAAAUAUUGGCUUGUUUAGUUAUUAACUAUAGAGCUGCUGUGAAGCUCUCCACUGGCAGUAACCCUAUACCUCUUAAAUGAUAUUACAGUGCAACCUUAACACUUCUCUCUAGUUUGGUCCUCCUCUUCCAAGCCCAGGAUUCAGGGACCUUGGUGUGAAUUUAGACUGGUGUUCUGCACCCCGGUAGAAUUGGCGGGGUGACUGCACUAGCUUAAAAUCAGGAAGGGAAGUGGGGAUUGCAAAUGAGAAUGGCAUGUAAAAGAGUGGUUCACCUUAAAAUACACUUUUAGUGUGAUUUAGUCAGUAAUUUUGCAAUUAGGCUUAAUUUCUAAUAUUGUUGUGAUUGUUGAAUUAUUUUAGUUCUAAGCACUUGAAUUCAUUUCAGUUUUGUAUUUGGAACUGUUUAAAGGAUAUUAGCAGUUUUAUACUACUGAAUGGCACUUACAGCUUAGCAGCUCUGUCCAAGGGUGUUAGGGUUGAUCGUUAAAUAAACAUUCAGGCCAAGUAUCCAGGGAGAUGCCACUCUGCAUACUGCUUACUCAGUCAGCCAGAGGGAGGAUUCAUCUUCCUAUAUUUGCCCCUCUUAUGUGCACUGAGGUCCUGCCAAUGAUCCCACAUGGACAUGAUGCUCUCGCUUAUCUCGUGAAAAUGUCUUUUUACUUAGGUAAUCAAGUAAGAAAGAGCAUUAGGUUCAUGUCAGAUCAGUCAGCUGUGAAGUUGGUACCUUUGCUGGAUUUAACUUUCUUAUAUGAGUCAGUUUGUUGAUUAAGCAUGUUAAAUUUGGCCUGAGUGCAAAGUCCUGCAGUGCAAAUAGGACCUCAAACCCUGUGGUCUAAAUUCUUUGUUCUAAACAUAGAAUUUUAGCUUUAAAGUGUGCAGAACUUCUACUUGGUAAAAGAAAGGGGAGGGAAUUAACGAUUUUAUUGCAGUCCCCUAUUGAAGUACUAAAAUUACAAUUUUAGCAUUUUAAGGGACAAUAUUCCAACCCUCCCAAAACUUACUUUAAAAUAGUAUAAUAGUAUAAACAUUACAUUUUACAUUUGCUUUCUAUGUUUUAACCAUUUUUUGUAAAAUAUAGGUUUCUAAAAAUUCAUUUGUUUAAUUCCCAACCUUCUAAUAUAGGCCCAGUACAAUAGGUUGCUAAACUGUUAAAAAUCUGAUACAUUAGCAGUAUCUAAGAAAUGGCAGCAACUGAUGCAUAAAUUGUAGCAGUUGCUCUCUGACUUUUAGUAAAACUCAAAGUAAUCUGGCAGAUAAGAGAUAGGGAACUCAAAACAAAUGAAUUUUAAAAACUUACAUUAUAAAAAGAAAUAGAAAGUGGAAAGCAAAUAAAAAAGUGAUGGUGUGGUGCAAUUAGAAAACGAUAUGUUAAGGUGAACUUCUCCUUUUAUUAAGUCAUUUUUUUCUAAAAUAAUUUCUGCUAAAAGCUUCCCCUUAUGAUGCAUAAUGCUGCUUGCUUUUGGAUGCAGCACCACUGGCCUGUGACCUGAUGUUGAGCAACACUGUGUUUAAUCUGGGCUUCACUUUGGUAGAAUUUAUUGAUAUAAAGUAAUAUAUGCGUUACUGUCAGAAUAAACUCAUUUUCUUCUGUCUCCAGCUUCUUGGCUUCAGUAUUUAAUAAGAAUUUCAAGUUUAUAAAACAGCUACACAGUGCAGCCUGAAUAUGCCCCCCACACUAUAUUUGCGGCUUUGAACGUGGCUGUGAAGUCCAUACAUUUUUUAAAACAUGACUAUGUAAAUAUAAUUUGGCCCUCAAGGAUUUUUUUUAUGCAGACUAAGAGCCCAAAACAUAGAAGUUGGACAACACUAAAGUAGGCAAAAGGUUGAGGGAGAACUGUAUUGAUUACAUUUUUGAGCACAGAUCUAACUGAAUGCUAUGAGUAAGCUGGACCUCUUCAUUAGUAAAUGAGCCCCAAUGUGUAAUGGCUAUUGGAGGAGCACUUCUGGGUACAUGCAGUUCCCCUACCUUUCAUGCCUCUAUAAUUUGCAAGAUCUCCAAAAAAAAGGUAAUCAUUUAGAACAUGCCUUAGAUAGCAGAACUUUAAAAGGUGUCUAUCUCAAUUAUUGGUUGAAUUAAGGCAAAAGUUGUCUAACUGACUGUUGAAUAGCUUGCCUACAGUAAAGACUGAGUAGAGGAUUUUUAUUGAUUUUUUUUUUCUUAUUAUACUGAAGCCUAGACUCUUGGCCUUCACGUUAGUGGCAACCACGACAGCCACUGCUGGAUAUUUGCCACUUCCCCAGCGUUUGCUUCACAUGCUCUACAUGCAGUUUUUGUUUGGAAACUCUAACAUUUGUUUCCAGUAGUCACAAAUUCCCAAAAUUGUGCUGCAAGUGGAAUCCUAAACAUUUCUGUUGUUUACAGGUUUUUAUGAGAACGUCUGUGUCUUUGCCCAACUGGUUGGAAAAAUGAAACAAUAAACACAUUUUCUAUGAGGUUUUGAUUAAGAUAGACCAAAUACUCUGCUCUCACCUAGAGCCUAUUUGUAGCUAACAGAAUAGUAGCAGAAGGAUAUUUUGAUACUGACUAUGAAAUGUUAAAUAACUUAUUCUGCACUUAAACGUCUUUUCUUUCAUUCCAUAAAGUAAUUGUGCCAUAACUGUUCAAAGACAGAAGUUCACUGUUGCAUUCCAAUAAGAGAUCCCUAAUCAGCUUAAUGAGACCUUAUACUCAACUGUUUUGCUAUACAUAUCUUGAUAUUAAGUAUCGGUGUGUUUGUGAUUGAGCUGGAGUUUAAACUUUUUAGUUUUAAGAUAUAAAGCCACUAGUUGCAAGUAAAUUCACUGUCAUGUCUGCACAACCUUGUCUCUCUCACUGUUGCCCAAGAGCUUAAAGGUCCAUUACAUUUCAGCUUUUUUUUUUUUUUUUUUUUUUACUGGAAGGCUGUCCCAGACCUUCUGGAACAGUACAGGUUGAUUAUAUUCUGUUUUGCAUAAGUUUAAUACAAUAUAAGGGAAAAAUGUUAGAAUGCCCUUUCUUCUAGUUUAUCAUUGGGCAGAGGGGUACCCUUAAGAUCACUUGUGUUAUUUUUUGGUUUGCCUUCAUUCUGUCUUGAGCUGCAUUGCUGUGCACCUUUAUAAUCUUCUUAAGAUACACCAAUCAGUUACUAUAUUUCCUCUAUUAUAAUUGCAUAUGUGAGGUCUUAAAACUCAUGAAAAAGAAAGUAUAGUGGUUUGGACAGUCUUUGUUAUUUCGCUGGAAUGGAAAGCAAAGGAGUAUAUAUAAAUAGAAUGCUACAUAGGAUGUAAUGAUCACCUAAACAGACUGCUAAUAACUCUUCCUGCUGAAAAGUGUGUGGCAGUCGCUGUGGAGUUGGAGUGGCUUGCUAGGUGAAUCAAAGAUUAGGAAGAACACAGUGUUAGUUUGUCACAUCCCUUGAGUUUUAUUGCUAUCGACAUGAUAAUAGAAUGCAACCAGUUCCUGUGUUUGCAUGGCAGCAUUACUUCAAAAUGUUGUAGUCUAAAUCUGAAUACUAUCUAGAAGCAGUGCAGUCCAACUUAUUACAUGUAGUGGGUGAUUUUUAUCUCAUCGAGCAUGUUCGAGAGCCAAAUUAAAUUAAUGAUUUCACACAACAAAGUUCUGUAGUACCUUUGAGCAGGCUGGGGGUCAUAAAAAUCCUUUGGAGGGCACAUCUGGCCCCUGGGCCUCCAUUUAGGAAGCCCUGAUCUUGAAAGAUAUGAUUUAUGUAAGCGCUGUCUAAAAAAAAAGAAAAAAACAAAAAACCAAGAUGUGGCUACUACACUGUAUUCUUACUUCUUCCCUUAGUGGUAGGGACAUUUUUUGUUUGAAGACAUGCCGUUGAAAUUGGCAGAGCUGAACUUAAAAAUGCACAGAACAGAAGGCAGUAUCCUAUAACAAUAGAUGCAUUAUUAUUGCAUUAUAGGAAGGGUUGUGUCUCGGAAAAGCCCUUGCCACACAUGCCAGAAGCUAAAAUAUAUUGAACAGGAAGCAGAGAAAUGCACAAAAUGACUGCUUAUGAAAGCAUCUCGCAGAGCACUCAAUUAAAUAAUACAUUUAGCCUUUAAUGAAUCAAAUAUACCACUUUGCCUUUGGAACUAUUUGUACUGAUGGAAGCAGCUAUAAAGCAUCGUAUUGCAGGUCGCACCAGAAAGGUCACUUAACAGGAGGUUGCUCAGUAGUGUUCCACUUUUAUUAUGAGCAUAGCCUGUUAAGAUUCUUGUGUCUGCUGGACUCAGAUGCCAAUAUAAUGCCUUAAACAAAAAUGAAAUUGGGUCUUUGGUAUUUGAUUUAGGGUUUCAGUAUUACUCUUCUCAACAGUGAGAUGUAGCCCCAGAAAUAAGAUAUUAAAUGUGGAUGUGAAUCAUCACUGAUAUUUCUUUAAUUUUUCUUCUUGGGGUGCCUGAUGUACAUUGUGCCCAUGUACACAGUAUAUGCUACAGUUGAGUACACGCUGAAUAGGAAUAUCCAUUCUGGGUUGCUACACGACGCAAAGAGUUGAUGGAAGGCCGCAGGUUGGACAUUGUUUGAUCUUUACUAUCCAAGCUGUAAAGCUUAUAGCCUAUAAAAUAUAUUGUGGGUGCUUUAAAACCUUAAGUAGGUCUGGAUUCCCCAGAAUUCAAAAGAUAAUUUAAUGUUUUCAUCAGUAAAUAAUGAAAUAAUAAUUUGAUAGAAAUGUAUUUUGUUAUAGUAGUGCUGGCUAAGUUUUGCCAAGACUGAAACGUUAGAGCACUUUAUAGAUGGACUCCUGGUUAGAAUUCCAUUGUGUAGAUAGCAAUCUAUUGUGUAAAUAUGAAGCAGCAAUGUUUUUAGAGUCCCUAUGAUUAAUGGAUCAAUAGAUAGUAACCAUCUUCAUUGCACUGGCUUUUAAUUAGUAAAUUGGUUUCUGUUCAGUGAUUGCUGUGCUGAAUGAUUUAUCUUUCAUUUGCAAUAUUUGUAACAAUAGUGUAUAAUAAUAGUAUAUAGUGUACUAUAUUACACUUAAUUGUACAGUAUUUGAAGUUGGAUUGCUCUAUUAAACUAUGUUAAAUCUAUAUUUGAAA